AUGUAAAUUGAUGAAGGUAGCAUUUUAUAAUAAACUUAAUCAAACUCUGAAAAGCCAUAACAAAUAAUACCAACAUUGUAAGAGCAAUGUCAUAGUCAGAUAUAGUAAAAUUUAUAACAUUAAAUAAAUAUUCAAUAUGAUGAUAGUAAUGAAACAAAUAAUCAAUAGUUUAAAAUCUAAAAAUUAGAUUUUCCAACUAAUCUAAACAUUAAUGGAUUAAAUUGAAUUAAACUAGAACUGAAGCAAAGAAUGUUUUAUAGGAUUUAGCUUUUGUUCUUUGUGAACCGAGUAUUCCCAAUAAAAGCAUUGUUCAAUUUACAUUUAAAACAUGUUAGUAUGGUGGAGUUAUCAUUGGAAUAUGCGAAUAAAAGAACUUUAAUUGUAGUACUAUCAGUACCGAAGGUAGAGUAUUAAUUAAACUAUUUUAGAUACCUAUCUACUAAAUGAUAAUGGAUAGGCAAGUCUUAAUUUUGAUGUGGAUGAGGAGUCUGAAUAAAUCAAAAGUGGAUUUGAAUGGGGAUGCAAUGAAAUUAUCAAUGUUUAAGUUGAUACUAAAAUAGGCAAAAUGAGAUGGAUAAAAGCGAGAACUUAAGAAUCAUAUGUAAAAUAUUAUUAAUCUUAGAUAGUUGAUACAGACUCCACAAAAUGCUAUUUCCCAUUUGUUGGUCUAAAUAUUUAAAGCAGCAUCUAGAUACUAGAUUAGACUUGA